UUUGUUUUGUUUACAUAUUUUGUGAUUUUGUAUAUUCGUGCUUUGUGUGACUGAAACGCUGAAAUUAGUUUUGUUGAAGCUUAAAUAUUGUAUCUCUUUAUCUAGUGUUGAAGCUUAAUUAUUCGUUGAACAAUUUCUAAUUGCGUUUGCUUCAUUUUUAAACAAAGUAUGUUUCUGUGAAUACUCAUAUUUUAGAUCACAAGUUUCUGUAUCUUUGAAAGUUAUGUUCCGAUCCAAGAACGUCGCUCAUUUUACUUUUUCUAAAAUGAAGUACUUUCGAUUUCUGCACAAAAGUUUUCCUAAUUACAAUACUGUCGAUGAAAAAAUUGCAUUUAAAGAAAGACUUGCAAACGGCCCAUCGUUUGCUGAAUUCGUUAAUAAAGAACCGGUUAAUCAAAAUGAAGUGUACGAGCAUCCGCCCUAUUUGCCGAAGAUUUCUUCAGAGAGCACUAGGAAAGUCUAUAUUGAAACCUAUGGAUGUCAAAUGAAUGUCAAUGAUACUGAAAUUAUUCUUGCUAUUAUGGAAAAAUCUGGCUUCAUAAUCUCAAAAGAUAUUCAUGAUACUGAUGUGAUAUUUAUUAUGACUUGUGCUAUUCGAGAAGGAGCGGAACAAAAAAUAUGGAAGAGAUUACAUUAUUUAAGAAGCUUAAAGAAACCAAAAUCCAGAAGAUCCUUAAAAAUUGGAGUUCUUGGUUGCAUGGCUGAAAGACUAAAGCAUAAGUUAUUGGAAAAAGAAAAAAUUGUUGACAUAAUAGCUGGCCCUGAUAGCUACAAAGAUUUACCAAACUUGAUAUCACUUGCAGAUGACGGGGAGAAAGCUAUUAAUGUUAUGCUGUCCAUCGAUGAGACUUAUGCUGAUAUUAUGCCAGUGAGAAUUGACAAGGACUCAAAAUCAGCUUUUGUAUCAAUAAUGAGAGGCUGUGAUAAUAUGUGUACAUAUUGCAUUGUCCCAUUUACGAGGGGCAGAGAACGUAGUAGGCCAGUAUCUUCAAUUUUAGAUGAAGUAAAAUACUUAUCCGACCAAGGUAUUAAAGAAGUCACCCUUUUGGGACAGAAUGUCAACAGUUACAGAGAUAUUUCUGAAUCUGCUCAGUUAUAUUCUUCUGAUGUUAGAGCUAAGAUUGAGCUUAGCACUGGAUUUCAAACAGUAUAUAAGGACCGUUUCGGAGGGUUGCGAUUUGCUGAUUUAUUGGAUAAAGUAUCGGACAUCAAUCCUGAAAUGAGAAUUCGAUUUACAUCUCCUCAUCCCAAAGAUUUUCCUGAUGAGGUUCUGCAUGUAAUAAACAGUAAGCCUAAUAUUUGCAAAUUACUACAUUUGCCAGCUCAAAGUGGAAAUUCAGAAGUUUUAAAGCUUAUGAGAAGAGGUUAUACCAGAGAAGCAUAUUUAGACCUUGUUGAACAUAUAAGAAGUGUUAUACCAGGUGUUGCAUUUACAUCUGAUUUCAUUUGUGGAUUUUGUGAAGAAACAGAAGAUCAACAUAGAGAUACUCUAUCUUUAAUUGAAAAAGUGAAAUAUGAAUAUGCUUUUAUUUUUCCUUACAGUAUGAGAGAGAAAACAAAAGCUUAUCACAGAUUAAAUGAUAAUGUUCCUGAUGAAAUUAAGAAAAGGAGAGCUGAUGAAACAUAUGACUUGUUCAGAAAGUGUGCCUUGGAACUGCAUAGGAAAGAAAUCGGAAAACAUCAUUUGAUUCAAGUCUUAGGACCCAGCAAACGCUCAGAAUUGGACUGGUCCGGACGGAAUGAUUGGAACACUAAAGUUAUUUAUCAACAAAAUGAAACACCAGAUAGUUUCAAUUCAUCCAAUUACAAAUUACCUUCUCCUGGAGAUUAUAUAGUCACAGAGAUUACUGGUUGCUCAUCACAAGUUCUAAAGGGAAAAGCAUUGUAUCACACAACUUUACAGGAAUAUGAAAUGUAUAGAAACUCUCAUGUAGUCAAUAAAUAAUUAAUUUUAAAAUGUCA